CUGGGAGAGAGAGAGAGAGAGAGAGAGAGGACUGGGGUGGGUUUUUCUCUCUCUCUUCCCCCCCUUCUCUCUCUCGCUGAUGCCAUGCAAAUUUAGGAGAGGAGGGAGAGAUGGGAAGGCGAAAGAAGAAGGAGGAAAACAAACAAACCUCGUUUUAAUGACUCAUUGAUUGAGCCGGUUUUAAAUUAGUUGUUGUUGUGUUUGGGGUGGGUUUUGUGUGUUUUUUCCUGGCCGCCCCCUUGGUGGCCAUCAAGAGGGAGAGGAAGAGUGGGGUGUGUGUGUGUCUCUGUGUGUGUCUGUCUCUCUCUCUCUCUCUGAGUGUGUGGGGUGUGUGUGUAUGUGAGGAAGAGGGGGAUCGAGUGUGUGUGUGAGAGAGGGAGAAAGAAAAAUAAUCUUUUCAAAUCUCCUCCCUCUUUUCUUCCCCCCUCGUUUCUUUGCUUUUCUCUAAAGCUCUCUGGUCUGUGAAGCACUUUUUCCCUUUCCUCCUCCUCGGGAAAAUGGAGACGCUCCGUCUCCUCUCUCUCCUGGGCGUCAGGCUGUCAAGGAUUUCUCUUUUUCUUUUGCGUUCCUCGUUGGAUUUGCUCUCAUCGACCACCUCUUAUCAUCUUGUCAUAAUUUUCCGCUAUAUUAUUUUUAGCAUGAGUUGUGGUUUUUUUUGGUGUUUUCUUUUUACGGGGAUUCCCAAUUUGUUUCGUUUAUAUGGUUUCCACCUCCUUUUGUUACUCGGUGUUUUUCUUUUUCUUGUCUCCUCCGGUAUCGCGUUUAAAGGAAUGAAAAUGGUGAUUGUUUCGGUGUAUGUGAUUCUAAGUCGGUAGGAUUAAAGAGGGUGGGGAGGGGAAGAAAAAAAGAAACCUUAAUAGUCGUCUGUAAUGUACGUUUUUUUUUUUUAAAUGGCAAGAAUAAUAAAUAUUCUACAUCUGUAAUAACGCCUUCGUUUUUGUCUUUCGAUGAACGUGAAUUUGUUAACUGCUGCCGGAUUAGUCUUUCAACAAAGUACUUUUUGUGGUUAAUUGAUUUUCAGUUAUGGUUACAGUAUAAUGGGGGGGGAAGGGGAAAGAGAAAGCCUUAGGUAAAAGACUGGCUUGAAAAUUCUCUGAAAUGUUGGAUCAUUUUUGAGGUGGGUCGCCGAUUUUCUUUCUUCCCUCCCUCCCUUUAAAACCGAAACGGGUUUCCCGAGGUUUGGGGCUUCGUUAAAACAGAUUGUUACAUAUAUCUUGUUCUGAGAGCGGAAACAGGUUUAGCAUUCGUAAAAAUAAAUAAUUCAGCUAUUGCUGGGAGAAGGAAGGACAAUGAGGCCUUUACUUUUCCCGGGGUGAGGAUGUUUUUUAUUUUUUUAUUUUUUUGAAUAUCUUAAGCACUGAUCGUGCCUUUCCAAAGCUCGGUCGAGGAGGCUGUUUUUUCUCUCUCCGUAUCUGCGUUUACAUGGCGGGGUUCGGUCUGGUUUGUGCCCCGCUUCGGAGGGACCAGGAGGAGAGAAGAUGGCGCUGCCUGGCUGCCGGCCAGGAUUUGUGGCGCAGUUUCUCUCCGUUCUCUCUCGCUCUCUCGUCCCCUUCAAGCCGCCAUUUUGAUAGACUCCUGACAUUUCUUCCCGGGCCGGGGCGUUGCCCUUCGUUGCUUCCCGCGGUCUGGUUUCCUUACCUCAGAACAGAUUCAAAAAUGCUCCCUCACGAGCAAAAUAAUAACUCAUUCCCCCGCGCACUUAGGAAAUAUACUUUUUAUUUUUAUUAUUAUUUCCUAGAGUAAUCGAUUUCCUAACACCCCACCUCAAAAUUUAUGUGGAAUGUGUGAGAGAGUGUAUACUUUUUUUUAAAAUGGCUACUCUAUUUUAAAUUAUCCAGUCCUAAGCACACAGUUUACCCAUUCAGUGUAAUGGGUAGCUGUUAAAACGCUGCUGCUCCCUUUUGCCAGGUUCUCCUACCUACACUAUAGUAUAGUGGAUAUGUAAAUCACUUAAUCCCAUGUUAUGUCUGCCAAACAACAAAGGGGCUGCUGGAAAAUAAGCGAUUUAUAAAAUUUAAAAAUGGAGGAGCAGCGGUCUCUGAAUUGGCCUCCUAGAUUUCAAUCGUCACUGUAGGUGGGCAUUUUUGCACUGUACCAAGGAGGCAGUGUGCUAAAAAAUGGAGUAAGUUAGCAAAAUACGCCUUCUUGGGCACAGGCAUCCGUGUUGCUAAAGUAAUAAGGGAAAGUUGCUAAAGUAAUAACGGAAAGUAAGUAUGUGGAAAGCAAUAGUCUGUGUUGAUUGAAUUAACUAAAAAUGCUUCCAAAGUUUAGGAAUGGUUUGGUUUAUAAAGCCCAGUAAUGUGGCUUUAAGGCAACACAUCAAACCAUUGUGCUUUCCUGCGAGAAUGAUUUAAACACUGGGCGUUUAAAUAUCAUUUUUUGCCAGUCAUCUCUUGCCAGCGACAGACUGUUAUAAGGCAUAUGUUUCUGUAAGCAUUUUGGAAUUAAUCAAAACCUUUUUUAGGGGGGGGAUUAGGUUUGAGAUUCCCCACUCUCCCCUCCCCCAAAUAUACUCCCCUUGAUGAGAUACAAAUUCAUGUUUCACUGCUUACUGCAGUAAUUUUUAUCUCAUUAUUUUAAAAAAUGGCCUGGAUGUUGUUUAUUUUAGUUUCUAAUGAGUAGAUAAAAUAUACAGGAAAAAAAGAUGGAAGAACGUUGCUUUAUAGCGGAAUAUCAAGGUCUCACAUGAACUGUUAUAUGGACUUUUCUGCAGUUUAAGCUAAACUGAACUCUUGCAGCCACUGGGGUUGCCCUAUUUCAAAAAGUAAAAACCAGGACACCCCAAAAAUUGUUAACAAAACCCAAAAGCUUUUUAGAUGAACCCCCAAAGUUGUUGAGCCAAAAAAGCAUGAUUUUUCAAUUGACUUGCCUAAGAUCUAGAACAAAGCGCCGCCUUUUGGACACCCCCCCCCCCCAAAAGUUAAUUCUGCAUUUGGAAUUCCAGUAAUGUCUGGGAAAAUCCGGACCCCCAAAGUUGUUGAGCCAAAAAAGCAUGAUUUUUCAAUUUUUUUCAAUUGACUUGCCUAAGAUCUAGAACAAAGCGCAGCCUUUUGGACACCCCCCCCCAAUGUCAAUUCUGCAUUUGAAAUUCCAGUAAUGUCUGGGAAAAUCCGGACAUAUGGCAGCCCUACCAUUAACACUAAGGCAACUGUUCCUGAUCACAUAAGCAAAGUCAUUUUCUUAAUGUUUCUAGUGUAUAGUACUCCAGGACCAAGGAUGUAGCUUAUAGAACAGUUUCUGAUAAAUAAUACUCUUUGGGGAAUGGCAUAGUUAGAAUGACAUACUAUUAAUUACUUAAUAGGAUUAUAGUGUUCCUUUCAAUACAUACGUAGGCAAAAAUUAAUUUAAAACAAUUCCAUUAUAGCAUAGUGAAAUAAAUAAAAUUGCUGUCUUCACCUCGUUCUCAUGAGAGAGAAAAAGCAGAAAGUUCACUGGGAACAGGAUUGAGUGGAUCCAAAACAAGUCAGGUUUCAAACCCAUUCCUCUCCACCCACCCAAAUUGAAAUGUCAGGCUGCUGAAUGUGUUCAUUCCCCCCGCCCCUCCCAGAGACAGGAAUGGGUUCUAUGUAAAUUUAAGGCGCAUAGAGAUAACCUAAAAUACUAACUAGGUUGUACCUCAGAUACAUGGAACAGGGCAGAUGUUCUAGAAAACAUUGCUCUGUGGUAUAUAAUAUAUGCGAAAACGAGGAUAGAAAUCUAGCUGGUAGAUUAAUUGGAGGGACACUCAGAUUUUUUGGCCAAAAAAAUGAAAAAUAAAAUCUAGCAAAUAUUUUCCAAGUUAAGAAGAAAACAUGAUAGGGUUUGCCUUUGUACUUAAGCUCUUACAGUGGUGCCUUGCUUUACGAAUGCCUCGCACAAUGAAAAACUCGCGAGACGAAAGAGUUUUGCAUUGCGCGAGGCAUUCGUAAGACGACAAAAUUUUCUAUGACCGCCGCUUCGUCUUACGAAGCGCGGCCAUAGAAGGCGGCAAAGGAAGAUCAGCUGUCAGCGCGGGAAGCUGACAGCUAAUCUUCCUUUGCCAGGGGAGGCGGAGCCGAAAUGCAGCGGUGCGGUGGCUGCCCCUGCCUGUCUUCCCCUUGAAGCCACCGUACCGCCGCGCACCACCGGGGAAGACAGGCGGGAGGCGGUGGGGGGAGAAGCGCUUCUCUCCCCCGCCGCCUCGCCGUGCACCAGCGGCAUGAGACGGCGCUUCGGAGACCUUCAGAGACCUUCUCAUGCCGGAGAAGGCAGGCGGGAGGCGGCGCCGGGAGAAGCUUCCCCCGCCGCCGCUUCUCGCAGCGCAAAGCCGGCAUGGGGUGCAGUUUCGGAGGCUUCCGAAGCUGCACCCCACACUGGAGAAGGCAGGCGGGAGGCAGGAGAAGCUUCCCCUGCCGCCGCCUCUCGCCGCGUACAGCCGACAUGGAGCGCAACUUCGGAGGUCUCCGAAGCUGUGCUCCAUGUCGGGGAAGUUAGGCAAGGCGGUGGCUGGGAGAAGAGAGCCUCUCCCCCAGCUGCCUCGCACACAGCCGGCAUUGGACGGGGCUUCGGAGACCUUCUCCGAAGCCCCGUCGCAUGCCGCCGCCAGUCCCCCAGAGCCUAUAGGAACGCAUUAAUUAAGUUUCAAUGCAUUCCUAUGGGAAACUGGGACUCGCUAGACGAAAAAUUCGUUACACAAAUUGACCCGUGGAACGAAUUAAUUUCGUCUAGCGAGGCACCACUGUACUUGUGAGGGUACACAUACAGGCCAAAUUUUGCUGAUCUUGGAGGUGUGUCCUUGAUUACUUUAUUUUUCCAUCUAUAAGACGCCCCCAUGUAUAAGACACCCCCUAUUUUGGGGGGAUUCUGAUUUAAGAAAAUGGGGGGGGGGAGAUACUAUCCGUGUAUAAGACGAGCCCUGAUUUUGAACAUUAUUUUAGAGUAAAAAAACAUAGUCGUAUACACGGAAAAGUACGGUAAUUACAAGUAUUGCUUGCACUUUCAACCAUAUACUCUUUAUCAUGCUGUGAUUCAUAUAAGCACUCUUAGGCUAUAAAGUCAAUUCCAUAUUUUUCUGCCAUUUUUCUAGAAUUGAAACAAGGCAGAAGAAAAGAGCCAUUCAUAGUGAUUGAGACAGAUUCUAAUUUCAGGUUUAUUCAGAUCUUUGCUUUAACAGAGUACACAUUACCUAUUUUUGUUGAACUAAACAUUUGCAUCCAGGAAUAGUUUAUACAUAGCAGCUGACUUGUAGCAAUGUGCUAACUGCCCCCAAAUUAAACAAAUUUGCAGAUCAGAUUUGCUAGGAUUUUAAAUAGGCCAAAUUGCAAGGCUGUGUAUACACUGCUGUGAUGUCAUGAUUUCCUGCACACCCAUUUUAGGUAUUUAACUGGAAUUAUUGAAAACAUAAUUCCUUUCUUAACUUGAACUUUGUGGUUCCGGACAGGCUUUCAUUAAUUCCAUUACUGUGACUUUUCAGAUGCGUGCUAGAGGAAAGUGCUGUGUAGCGGGCGGUUGCCAGUCUACACUGGUAUGCAGAUAAGUAGGAAACAUGAACUGACCUUGAAAUCAUCAUUUGAUGCCCUUUGUGUGCCUCUUCUACAGGAAGUUUGCAGGGUGACAACAAAAUGGGACUUCUUCUGUGGUGGCCCCUGGCUUGUACAAUGCUCUCCCAAGGAAGGCCUGCCUGGUGCCAUCUUUAUUUUUAGGAUUCAGGCAAAGACGUGCCUUUUUAUCUAGGAUUAUUAGCCCUGAAUCGAAGGGUGGCAUCUAGCCAGGAUGGGAACUUUUAAGUCCUGUCUUUUAUCAGUAUGGCUCUAUAACUUUUAUCUGUAUUUUUAGAAUUUUAUUGAAUAUUCUCAAUUGGUUUUAAUAUAAGCUGCUUUGGGUCACUCUGAGAAAAGUGACUAAGGAAUAUAAUUAAUAGCAACAAUAACAAAAACAAAUCAAAAGGAUUUAAACAGCAUUUUAAGUAUAUAAAGGGUGUGAUCCUUUCCUACAUGGACAGAGUGUCAAUGUAUGGAGGCACCCUGCAUUUGGUCAAGGAAUGUGAAUUCAGAGCUCUGUCGGGGGGACCACAGACUUUCAUUCCCCAUAAUGUGCUGACUGCAUAUGUACCUAUUUGCACGGACACUGUAUACCCAGAUUGUCAUGGAUAGGACCCAAAGUUUUGUAAUGCUUCUUCCUUCCCACAAUACCACUAUGUAGUAGGUACUGAUUUGCCUAUAGCUACCUGGAGGUUCCAAGUAUAAUAUGUUCUUGAACGGCUUUUGGUGUAAUUUUGUAAAAAUAUUAUAUUUGAAACUGAUCAUUUUACUUUAUAUACCGGUAAAAUAAUAACCUUGUGAAAUGGUAUCCAUUAUAUGAAAAUAUGACAGAAGACAGAUAAGACAGAUACAUUAUAUGGCCUGUGUGGAAGAGACACACAGAAAGAGAACUUCACUUCUUGCUACGUAUGUGCAGAAAACCCUCACAUAGGCCUAUGGACAAUGCAAUUUUAUAUUGAAAGGAUUGCACACGGUGAAAACAAGUGCUGGAGUCCAGCAAAGGAUUCUGACUGGAAGCCAUAUGGAAUGAGGAAAUCAGAGUCAAAACAAGAAUGUGAGGCAUGGUGUUCAAGAAAGGGUGACUGCAGGGUGGGAGAAUAGACCUUCCUCCUUGGGGCAAACUUCAUACAGAGAUAGAGUUUCCAUGUUUUUUUGUUUCUUGACAGGAUUAUUUACUUUUAAAGGUUGCUUGAUGAGAAAACAACAUCAGCAACAAAAAAACAGCAGUUACAGGUAGGGAGCCGUGUUGGUCUGAGUCGAAACAAAAUAAAAAAAUUCCUUCAAGUAGCACCUUAAAGACCAACUAAGUUUUUAUUUUGGUAUGAGCUUUCGUGUGCAUGCACACUUCUUCAGAUACAGCAGGUGCAGAUUUCCCUAAAAUUACAUUUGGGGAAAAACUGCAACAGUUAAGUUCCUACCAGUCAUGCAGCUUUUAAAGGCAUAGAAGCGGUUCCUGAACAAGAUGUCAGUCCUCUUAGUAUCUUCUUUAUCUGGCUAUCCUCAAUAUGGCAUACAAAAGCAAGCAGGCAAAGUGUGGGAAAAGCUUCAUCUGCUUAUACUGUAUUCUUCAUAUUAAAAGCAGAUUAAUGCUGCUAGGAAAAUGAGGUGCCAGAUUUACAGAUGAGAUCUGUGGAAAUUGUAGGAUGUCAAGGGUGUGUAAGUUAUACCAAAAUCUCAUGGCUGUAGAUCGUUUGUAGAGCAUCGGUUCAGCAUGUAGACAGUCACAGGUUCAAUCACUGGCAUCUCUAGGUUGGGCGAAAAAAUACCCCUACCUGAAAUCCUAGAAAGCUGCUGCCGGUUAGUGAUGCUAAGCUAGAAGGACCAGUUGUGUGACUUCCUUCCUUUGUUCCUAAGGCUUUUGUACUGUUAAGAGAUGGAUCUUUGGGUGAGCUCCCAUAGGUGUAGCUGUCGCCAUUACUGCAACUCUAUGAUGAGAAAAGUGUUCCCUGGUGAAAUUCUUGAUUCUGUGCUAAUCCAAGUACAGGACACUAUUGUUUAGAAAUCUUAAUGACAUGGGGCCCAAGAAGCAAUAAAAAUAGGAAUUUCAUAAACUGGUACGAAUUAACUAGCCAUUUGUACUUGUGCCAGACCAGGCCUGGGUCAGUUUCUCAAUCAGGGAUAGAUAGGGCAGGUAUUUAAGCAACUACCCAGGAUGUCAGGUUUGGGGAUGCCUGCCUUGGACUGUCUUCUCAGCUAUUAAUGGUUGAAACAAAUAGUACAAAUCGUUCAUCUUCACAUGAAAAGCUGGCAGUGUUGCCCUAUAUGGCUAAAUAAUGCAAUAUGAAGUUGUGAACUGGACUGGAAAUGCAAUAAAAAACAAAGUAUUCCAAAGCCGAGCAAAUGAAAAGGAGUGCCAAAAACUCCAUGCCUGAGUAUUAAUUGGUCUGGGAGUACAUCUGCAGGGUGCUGGGCUGCAGUAUGUUAAAGACCCACACUGUACUUUGGCUGCCUCCCUUUGUCCAUUGCAGGAACUGUGUCACCCAUUGCUGAGGGACAUGGCAAUGUAGGCAGGAACCUUGGCCCAGUCUGAUCCCAGCCUUGCUUUACCCGCUUCUCCCUUCUAAGCUACAGUCUAGAGUGGGUUACUAGUUUUCUGUGAUAAUGUAUGCAUAUAGUUGUAGAUCAUUUAUAUAUUUAACAGAUUUCUAUACUGCUUCCCCCAAAAUAUAUCAAAGCACUGUGUAGCAUUUUAAAACAAAUUGUUUUCAACUACAUAAGAAAUAUACAUGUCAUACAGCUGAUCUAGAAUAAAUAGCAAAACAUAACUGAGGGGGUCUAUAAAUGGUUUGGCAAGAAAUAAUGUUUCCAGUUGCUUGUGGAAACACAUCAUGGAAGGUGUCUACCAGAUCUCUUAGGGGAGACUUCCCUAAUGAGGGAAACAGACUUCAACUUGACAGCCUUCUCCUACUUGACAGCUGUUGCUGCUCUAAGACACUGAACAAGCGGGUUCACAUGGGAAAAGGUAUUUUCUCAGAUAUCCAUUUCUCAAGUUGUAAGUAAAUAGUAAAACGUUAAAAAAAGGUAAAGGGACCCCUGACUCUUAGGGCCAGUCGCGGACGACUGGGGUUGCGGUACUCAUCUUGCUUUACUAGCCGAGAGAGCUGACGUACAGCUUCCGGGUCAUGUGGCCAGCAUGACUAAGCCGCUUCUGGCGAACCAAAGCAGUGCACGGAAAUGCCAUUUUACCUUCCCGCCGGAGCGGUACUUAUUUAUCUACUUGCACUUUGAUGUGCUUUCGAACUGCUAGGUUGGCAGGAGCAGGCACCAAGCAACGGUAGCUCACCCCAUUGUGGGGAUUCGAACCGCCGACCUUCUGAUUGGCAAGCCCUAGGCUCUGUGGCUUAACCCACAGCACCACCUGUGUCCUUAAAACCUUAAAACUGGGGUCCUUUAGGAUAGGUGUUAUAUGCAUGCAGUAGAGAGCAGCAGUGAGCAGCUUAGCUGCAGCAUUCUGUACUUUUUACAGCUUUUGAUCCCCACAUAGAGGGUGUUGUUGUUGUUUAGUCAUUUAGUCGUGUCCAACUCUUUGUGACCCCGUGGACCAGAGCACGCCAGGCACUUCUGUCUUCCACUGCCUCCUGCAGUUUGGUCAGACUCAGGUUGGUAGGUUCGAGAACACUGUCCAACCAUCUCGUCCUCUAUUGUCCCCUUCUCCUUGUGCCCUCCAUCUUUCCCAACAUCAGGGUCUUUUCCAGGGAGUCUUCUCAUGAGGUGGCCAAAGUAUUGGAGCCUCAGCUUCAGGAUCUGUCCUUCCAGUGAGCACACAGGGCUGAUUUCCUUCAGAAUGGAUAGGUUUGAUCUUCUUUCCAGUCUGUUCCUGAAAGAGAAGUUGCUGAAUUGGAACUCAUUACCAAGCUUAAAACCAUGGAGCCACCUGAGAUGAAUAAAGACAUCGGAUUCUUAUCUCAUUAUGCAUGAUCAAGCUUUCUUUAGCGCCUCAGCCGUUGCUCCCCCCCCCCAGGACCAAUUGCAGUCAUCAGCAGUCGUUAACAGCCAUCUACAGGUUUACCACUCCCAUCAGCCCAUCACCCAUUCCCAUCACCCCCACCCUCUGAAUAUACAUAAGGGUUUGGUGGAUUCUGUUUCAGUGUAUCUGACGAAGUGUGCAUGCACACGAAAGCUCAUACCAAAAUAAAAACUUAGUUGGUCUUUAAGGUGCUACUGAAGGAAUUUUUUUAUUUUGCUUCGACUCAGACCAACACGGCUACCUACCUGUAACUGAAUCCUUAGUGAGGGAAAAUCCAAGUGCGGAAGGAUAAUACUCAGCUGUCACUGGUUAGAACACUCGGCUGAUCAAAAGUUACUGUAAAUAGAGGGAAAACGGUGCUGAGUAUGAAAUGCUGAUUUAGAAGACUUUUAUAGAAGCAAUAUUGGUAGGCAUAAUUUUUAACCCACUUAUUUCAGUUAUGCCACUGGGUUUUCCAAAUCACAUAUCAUCAAAGUCAUAUCAUGUUCCCUCUGUUUUCCAGGAACCUCAUAUGUACUUUGCAGAAAUGAGCACAGAUAUGUAACACAAGUAUAUACGAUGCCUCAAAGUACCAUUUUACUCCUAUAUUCAAAGCAGCUUGCAAUAACGUGUGCCAUGUUGUAAAAAUAUGCUGUUGCUAGUCUACAUAAUUUGCAGGUUAGUGAACAAUGGGAACAUUUUAUAAGUAAACAAUACAUGUUAGGAAGAAACAUGUUGAAAAGCAUCCUCUAUUUUUAAAUGUCUUGUUCUGGAAAGAAAUAGGAAAUCUUUAUGAUACAAUAUUAUUUUUCCUUAGUUGUCAUGGAUGAUGAUGAUGAUGAAUCCUGUCUCUUUGAUCUUAUUGGAGAUGCACAGGCACUGAAUUAUUUCCUCCAUGGAGCAGGCAGUAAACCUAACAGUGAAGACUUGACUAAUGCAGGAUAUUCUGCAGCCAACUCAAAUUCCAUAUUCGCCAAUAUCAGUAGUUCUGAUCCUAAGUCAUCAAUCAAAGGUGUCAGUAGUCAGCUUGGAGAAGGGCCUAGUGAUGGACUACAGUUGCCAAGUAGCCUUCAGUUUCUUGAUGAUGAACUUGAAUCUUCUUCAUUACCUGAUCUUAGUGAAGAUCAGCCUUUUGAUAUCCUCCAGAAAUCUUUGCAGGAAGCUAAUAUUACUGAACAGACUUUGGCAGAAGAGGCUUACCUGGAUGCCAACAUAGGCCCCAACCAACAGUUUGCACAAGCCCAGCUUCAUCCUUCCUCAUCAGCAUCUUUUACUCAGGCUUCUAAUGUUUCUAGUUACUCAGGUCAGACGCUGCAACCUAUAGGAGUUACUCAAGUGGUACAGCAACCAGUUGGAGCAUCUUUUGCAAGCAAUACAGUUGGUGUGCAACAUGGCUUUAUGCAACAUGUGGGGAUCAGUGUUCCUAGCCAGCAUUUGUCAAACAGUAGUCAAAUUGGUGGUUCUGGACAGAUACAAUUAAUUGGUUCAUUUAGUAAUCAACCUUCUAUGAUGACCAUCAAUAAUCUUGAAGGGUCUCAUAUUAUUUUGAAGGGUAGUGGGCAGCAAGCACCUGGAAACAUGAGUGGUGGACUCUUGGUUCAUAGACAAACACCUAAUGGCAACUCAUUGUUUGGCAACUCAAAUUCCAGUCCAGUAGCACAACCUGUAACUGUUCCAUUUAAUAGUACAAAUUUUCAGACAUCUUUGCCUGUGCAUAACAUCAUUAUACAGAGAGGUCUUGCUCCAAAUUCUAACAAGGUUCCCAUCAAUAUCCAGCCAAAGCCUAUUCAGAUGGGCCAGCAAACUACCUACAAUGUGAAUAGCUUGGGAAUACAGCAGCAUCAUGUACAACAAGGGAUUCCUUUUGCUUCAUCAAACUCCCCUCAGAAUUCAGUAGUUGGUCCACAUAUGUCUGUUAACAUUGUUAGUCAUCAGAAUGCAAGAAAAGCAGUUACCUCUCAAGCCGUAAGUAAUACCAGUGGUAGUAUUGUGAUCCACUCUCCUAUGGGACAGUCUCAUGCACCUCAGAAUCAGUUUCUUAUACCCACAAGUCUGUCAGUAAAUCCUAAUUCGGUUCACCAUGUCCAGACCUUAAAUGGACAACUUCUUCAAAAUCAGCCUUCCCAACUUGUUUCUGGCCAAGUAUCCACUGAGCAUGUUAUGCUAAACAGGAAUUCUACGAACAUGCUUAGAACUAACCAGUCAUAUUCAGGACAGAUGCUGAAUAAUCAGAAUGCUGCUGUACAGCUAGUUUCUGGUCAGACAUUUGCAGCUCCUGGAAGCCAAGUUAUAGUGAACCACGGGACUUCUCAAAUUGUUAGUGGCCAGGUUCCACUACAACAGGGAUCGUCUGCUGUGUUGCAUUUAUCCCCCAGCCAAGGAAACAUUUCCCAAGGUAGAACAGGCUUUACCACAAUGUCUCCUGGACAGUCAACAGGUUCGAGUAUCUCAUCAAGCAACCGGUUUACAGUUGUAAGUUCUUCUGCUACAGUGCAUCCCAACAUUGGUUCAUCAGCUCAGACUGUUGCUUCAGGAGGAAAUUUUGCUGGAGAUCAACUUACACAGCAAAACAGAACGCAAUUGUCAGUCACUGUCUCGCAUCGUCUUCCAGUUUCUUCCAAAUCAGUCAAUACCUUUAGUCACACAUCUGCAACCCAGCCCCAGUUCUCCUUUGGCCAGACUCAAAAAAAAGUUACGAAUUUGGUGUCUUCAGUUUCAACAUCAAAGUCACAGGAUAAUCUAAGACCACCUCAGCUAACAAGUCUUUUAGGACAAGAUACCGGGGGCAAAAUCAUACAGCAGCCUAUAGGCACAGCACUGACACACCAGGAAAAAGCAGUGGGAUCAUCUUCUGCCCAAACAAAUGUACAGGUCGAUGGCCAUACAAUUGGACAAAAGAGGCCUGCUGCUAAACAACUAACAAAAGGAGCCUUUAUUCUACAGCAGCUACAGAAGGACCAGGCACAUGCUGUGACUCCUGAUAAAACUCAGUUCAGAUCUUUAAAUGAUGCAGUCCAGAGACUCCUCUCAUAUCAUGUGUGCCAGGGAUCGCUGCCAACAGAAGAGGAUUUGAGAAAAGUGGAUAAUGAAUUUGAAUCUGUAGCCACACAGCUCUUGAAAAGAACACAGGCUAUGUUAAAUAAAUACAGAUGUCUGCUCUUGGAAGAUGCUAUGAGAAUAAAUCCUUCUGCAGAAAUGGUCAUGAUUGACAGGAUGUUUAACCAGGAAGAAAGGCAAACUCUUUCCCGGGAUAAACGCCUUGCAAUAGUAGAUCCUGAUGGUUUUCUAGCAGACUUUUGUUGUCCAUCCACACAAAUUGACAAGAUCGCUGAUGAAACACAGUCGGCUGAAAGUGAUCAUCAAUCUAACAAAUCUUCAACGUCUCAAAACCAGACUGCUAAUACCCAAAUCAAAGACAGAUCAAGUUCAAGCACAGCAGAGUCUUUAAAUCACAACAAACUUCAAGUAGUGCCUAACAAUAUUAUGAGUUCACAACAAGGAAACAGUUCUAUUAAAAAAUCAGAAAGCCUUGCAAAAGCUUUAAAAUUUGAGAAAACAAGCUCCUCUCCUGAAAGCCAACAUAUGGCUGAUUCAGAACAAAAAGUCGCUGGCAAAAAUCUAGGAAAGUCAAAUGAAAACUCUUUAAGUUCUGAAGAUCAUUCAUCAAAAAUCUUAUCAAGUGUAGAUCAUGGUACGCAUAAUAAAACAUGUCGGAACACAGUUGAUUCUCACUCAGAGACAACCUAUAAUCAUUCCCUCCAAGACAAAACUCCUCGGAGUUCUCCAAAGAAUGAGGAUUUGCAUCCAGACAAUUUGAAAGGUUCUGGGGAACCCCAAAAGGAUUUGCUGCUCAAUAAGAGUUUAGAGACUACAUUCAAAAACAUAUUGGAACUGAAAAAGACUGGGAGGCAGCCACAGAGCGAAGCAACCGGCAGUGGCUCCCUAGAAUUAGAAUAUCCAAACUUUUCGCUUAUUUCUUCACAAGAAAACUGCCUGGAGAAAUUUAUUCCAGACCACAGCGAAGGUGUUGUAGAAACAGACUCUCUUUUAGAAGCUGCUGUAAAUAGUAUCUUAGAGUGUUAAUAGUUACAGUACCAUGGACAUAUUUCUCUUAGAAGUAAAUGUGAAUGACACCACAAGAACAGCCGGACAAAUGUCAAAGGUUACCCUUUCUAAAGUAGAUUCUGUUUUGUGUUUGAAAGCAAUACUCAUUGUGGUUACAGUGAGGUGUCCAGUAAUAAACCCUUGAGAGAAAGCUGUCUGGUAGGGCCUACACAUUAUGAUACAGCUUUGCUGAUCGUUUUAACAUUGCAGUUUAAUGAAACUGCAGUUCACUAGGCCCUAAGUUAACAAGGUAAUAAUACUGACAAUCACAGUCUAGUACAGUAACAGGUUUCUUAAAUAAAAUGUUAAGAAUGUUGCAUUUAAUAGGAAAAGAUCCAUUGCCUCCGCCCACUAUCACUUGAUUUUGAGAUUUCAUAUUUGGGGCUGAAAAAAUGCCUAUCUCUUGAGGUUUGGCACACAGAGAGAGAGGAAUAGGAAGGAGAGAAAAUGGCAUCAGUGUUUACAGGGCUUUAUACUUUUAAGUGCUUUUCUAUGCUCAAUGAGCAGAAACAAAUAUCUUACAUAGGAAUUUGCUGUAUUGAAUUACACUGUACAGUUUUUGUCACUUUCAGCACUGCGUAAAAUGAUACAUGCUAGUCUAAGAAGCUAGUAGAUGGAAAAUUUUAUACAAAGAGGCUAUAAUAUAGCCAUAAAAUUCUGUAUAGACACACACACAAAUGUAUAUAUAUAAACACAGACACACACACGACACACUAGUUUCAUCAAGAAGAGCUUUUGCAUUUUCUAAUUGGAUAUAGUCAAACUUAAUCUGAUGUGGUAUAAUUUUUUUCUAGACCAAGUGUCAAAAGCACUUUUAUUUGGAAAUCAUUGUAGUAGUUUAUACUUUAAGGAGAUAAUAGCCUUAAUCUGAACAAUUUAAAGGCCAGUGUUUGCUAUUUGCUUAUUUCUGCUUCUUGCUGUUCAAGAAUGUCAUCUGUAGCAGCAGUUAUAGUUACCAAAAUAUGUACAAACCAAAGUUAAUUUUCUAUCCCAUUAAAAAAUUAUAGGUUGAAUUUAGAAUUUGCCGUCCACAAAUUUGGACUUUGCCUUCUGUUCACGGAAGGCUUUUCGUCCGGUGGAGGACCCUGAUGGCGGAGGAGGCUGCAACUUUUGCAGAUUCUUCCUUCCUCCGACAGUGCUCAGUACCAUUUCCCAAAUUGUUCCAAAGGGUUUCCUAACCCGCAUCCGGAGUGGAUUUUCAUAGGGCUGCAGGGGAAGGGAUAAUCAGGAAAUGUCACCUCUUCCGCAUCAACCAACGGGAGAGACCGUGAAUCUAAGCCUAUCUCUAAAGGCAUUUAAUACAUAAUCUAGAGCCAAAGGAACCCCUUGCAUGUUUGCAUUUGGCUAGUUGUCAUCAUGACAAUAUAAUUAUUUAUUCUUUAAACUCAUGGCAUUUCCCCAUUCUUCCUGUGUGUUUGAGAAAUUAUUCUACCACCAUCACCAGUGCUGCUAGGUACAUUGUUUUGUGCCAUUAGUAAGAGGGAUGUGGCAUGUAUGCCUGCUAAAAACAAAACCCCAAGAGGUGUGUUUUUUUGUAAAGCAAUCUCUCUGCAGCCUCCCCUUACAACCAUAUUCAAAAACUUCCUUAUGGAUAUCGCCAUAGCCUUAGAGCCCUGAGGUGCAGCAGCCUGGAUCCAGUGAUAACUGUGUGCAUACAGAGGUUUGGAAUGUAAGCAUUCCCAGUGCUGCUUUUGGGGAGCUUUCUCUUCCAUGCUUGUGUGGAGCUCCAUGGAUCUGUGUGACACAGCAAGAGUAACAAACUGUGGUUGUCAGUUGGAUUGCCAGGGCGGAAUUUUGCUUUCUUCGCUCCGAUUUUAUUGUAGCGUUAGAGCCAUAUUCUGCUGUUUAAGUAAACACAAAACACUACCACCAACCUUGUGUUGAAACAGAAUAACUAUAGAAUAAUAAAAGAUAAAUUCAGCAAAAUAGUAAUGCAACUUAAUGUUCUGUUCACUGUAAGAAAAACGGGGGGGGGGCUUAAUUUUUUUUGUUUUUAUUACCACUUUUUUGAAAUGCCAGUUUUAAAAUUACAUAUUUGUGAAAGCCCACAUUCCACGAAGACAGCACAGCAUUGCCAUUCUGGUUCAUUUUUGUAGGCAUAUGUCCUGUACUUGCUUUCCUAUCAAUGAUAGUGCAGCAGUUUCCUUUCCAUCAAGAGGCUGCAAAGAAUAAAUUCAUUGAACUGUAACCAUAAUGAGAUGUCUAAGAAAGCAGGGUGCAUGUUGCACCAGUCACAGAAAUCAAUUGAACUAGAAUCUGAUGGGAAGAAUGAUAAAUUUGACACAUAUUUGUAAAUUUGUCUUCUUUUGGUUUUAUCUCACAAAAUAAAGUUUCUAUCAGCUGUACAGAAUAUUCUGAACCUAAAUACCAAAACAAAGCUUACACAUUUUGAAUAUUUCGUGAGAGUUUACUUUUAGAUAAAGGUUUAGCUGAGACAUCUGAAAUGCACUUCCAUCAUAAUGUGGAUUAAAUUCCACCUAUAUUGAUUCCAACAUUUAUGCUGGGUACCCACUGAACAAAGUUCAGCUAAAUUAACCUAUGGUAGCUAAUGUAUUUUAUUUAUUGAACUUGGUUUUAGAGCUCUCAAUAUUUUAAUUGGUAAUGCAGUAAAAAUAUUUUUGUUGUAAAAAAAAAAGGUGUGAAUUUGUUACGCAGCACAUGGUCCUGAAUCCAGUGAAGACCAUUUAUUUGUGCAUAACUGCUUUGUAGGAUUGGUCUCUUUACUUCCUGGAUGUCUUUCCAUGUUGUCUAAGGUUAAAAGAAAAUUUUAGUUGGCAACUAUGAAAAAAAAUACUGAUUCAACAAUGUCAGCAUAAAUGAACUGUUAGAUUUGGGAGGCCUUACAGACUGACUUUACUGAAAGAGGAUGUGUCACUUGUUGUCAGUGUGGUAUGGAUUUUAUUUGCUUAAAUACUUUCAUUUGUAUAGUAUGUCUCACUUGAAAUUGCUUUGUAUACAUUUUGUAAAAAUAUUUAUAAAAUGUUUUGUAAAAAAAGUAUAACAAAUUGCAGUUUAUUUUGUUAUGUUGGAUAAAUACUGUUAAAAGACAACACGUUGGUAAAAUAUAUUGUUAACCCAUGGAUAGGAAAUGUUUAGCUGGAGACUACAAAUUGAAACAACCAUUGCAAUACAGCCAAAGAUUUGGGAAAAA